AUGGCUGCCGACUCUGCCGCAAACCUCACAUCGCUCCUGCGUGCCUCUUCCAUUGACGACCACGAGGAAGUUCUUCGUGCCGCCAAUGCUGCUCUGAAAACCUCAAAGCUCGACACUGGCGCACAGCGCACCAGGGUUGUCGCUCUUCUGAAGCUCGACCGGUUUGAGGAUGCCAUGCGUGCCCUCAACGACGGCGGCGCCACGCUGGAGGCCGAUUGCCGGCUAGAGAAGGCCUAUGCUCUUUACAAGACGGGGAAGUUGGACGAUGCUGCUUCGCUUGCGGCAUCCACCACCGGACGCAGCUUCAGCCACGUUGCUGCGCAAGUCGCCUAUCGUGCUGAACGAUUCCAAGACGCGAGGCAACUGUACGACGAGCUAGCAUCCGACAAGGCCGCGGCUGCAGAUGAGGAGAGCGACCUGAGCAUCAACGUCCUGGCUACAGCUGCUCAGAGGGACUGGCAGUCGCAGGCCGCGCUGUCCAGCGGCGUCGUACAACCUCCCGUCGCUCCAGCCUUGGACACCUUUGAGCUCGCCUACAACCUGGCCUGCGGCUGCAUCGCCCGCGGAGAGCUUUCGAAAGCCUCGAGUCUCCUACAACGCGCCAGCCGUCUCUGUGAUGAGUCUGAUGACCUCUCUGAUGAGGAAAAGCGAGCAGAGAUGGCACCGAUUCUAAUUCAACAGGCAUAUGUGUAUUCGAGAUUGGGCAACAAUACCGAGGCUCUCAAGCUUCACCGCCAGCUGGAAGCUUCCGAGAUUAGCGACGCUGAAGCACGGCUCGUAGCAACGAACAACGCUUCCACGCUGGAUAACACCGCAAGCAACCCGUUCGCAGUCCAGCGUACUCUCGAGGCCAACCCAACCGUGUCAAAUGACGCCAAACUCUUUCACUAUCAGGAUAGUCGGCUACGACGGAACAAAUUGGCACUUGCCCUACGUGCACAGAAGUUCUCGGGUGUUGCUCGUCGAACGAAACACUCGAUUAGCGCAUCUUCACCAUCUUCGACGACCAGUUCCGAUGCAAAUGUUCUAUCGGUCAUCAACGUGGCUGCUCGUUCACUAGAGCAUAGCAGCCAAGUAUCGUUGCGUGAUAUCUUGCCUGCGGCAGAGCGACACCCUGCCGAUAUUGGCGUCUUGCUGACGGCAAUCCAGCUGCAUGUCCUUGCCAAAAAUUAUGAAGCCGCUGUGUCCCUUCUUGAAGCUCUCUUUACUCAAUUGGAAGAGCAGAAACAAGGAGAUGUCCGUUUCUCUGCCGGCCUUGUCGCCCUGGCCGUAUCUCUAUACCGAAACCAACGCCGGGCUGGUUGUGCGACUACUGAGUUGGCCAAGGCGAUAAAGUACUGGAACGAAAAGUCUGACACCCAGUCGGCCUCGCUUCUGCAAGGUGCUGGUGCAGAGCUCUUGAAGUCAACCGACGCCGAUGACUUGUCCGUCGCAGGUACUGCGUUCGAGAAGCUUUGUCAGCAGUCAACCGCGGAUCCCAUCGCCGUGGCUGGACUGAUUGCGUCCUUUGGAAAGCGGGACCGCUCUAAGGUUGAGCCCUACCUAGGUAGCUUACCUGCAGUUGAUGGACUUGUUGGCAAUGUCGAUGUCCAGCAGCUUGUUGAGGGUGGUGUGGCCGUGCUGCCCGCAGCGACAUCAUCCGCUAAGGAGCGAACUGCUGAAAAGUCCGGAGGUCAGAACAGCCGGCUGCAGAAGAAAAGAAAGAGAAAGCUUCCGAAGGACUUUGAGGAAGGGAAGAAGAUGGAUCCCGAACGCUGGCUUCCCUUGCGGGACCGCUCAUCCUAUCGACCUAAGGGCAAGAAGGGGAAGAAGAAGGCCAACGACAGUACGCAGGGCGGGUUCGUCAAGGAGGAGGAAACACUUGAGCUCGCGGGCGGCGCAGGCUCUGUCAAGGUUGAGAGAGCCCCCACGUCAUCGUCAUCGUCCAACAAAAAGAAGAAGAAGGGCAAGAAAUGA